AUGCUGAUCUCAAAAUCAGCUGCAGAUGAAAAUCUGUUUAGAAAAAUGUUCACUUUUCCUCAAGAAUCCACUACAGCCCAUGUGCUCCUCCAGACCGGCCCCGUGUCCUUCACAGCUCUAUCGCUCUGCUUUAGAUCCUUCACUGACAGUCCACAGCCGCACACUUUCUUCUCACUGACCAUGAAUUCCACCACAAACGAUCUGCUGGUUCAUUAUGAGCCCAAGCCAAAGAGCGUUGUGCUCCAAGUAGGUGGCGCUGAGGUCCGAUACAGAGGCGUGGACUUUCCUCUGAACCAGUGGAACUCCUUGUGCCUGACGUGGGAGGCCAGCUCUGGGAUCGCCCACCUGUGGCUGAACGACAGGGGCCUGACCAGGAAGUACACCUCAGAGUCUCACAUGAACGGAUCGGCUACCAUCGUUCUGGGGCAGGUACUGAAGGGAGGGAGAAAAUACGAUUAG